AUGAAAUAUCUUUUCAUUUUGAUCAAUCUCUGUCUUGGAUGUCAAACAUGUGCGUUUGAAAAUAAUAAUUUUUCAACUGUAUGGGCUAAUUUUACACAAGAUCCUCAAUUAUCACAUGCUACCUAUUCAAUCACUAUACUUGAUAAUUCGACAGGAAAUAUUGUAUUUUCAUUCAAUAAAGAUGUGGGUCUGGCGCCUGCAUCGACUUUAAAAACUGUAACUGGCGCAGCUGCAUUUCAUUAUUUGGGUAAAGAUUAUCGAUACAAAACAUUGCUACAAUAUUCUGGAGUAAUCAAUUCAUUUGGUGAUUUGGAUGGAUUUGUUUAUAUUGUAGGAACUGGUGAUCCAAGUUUAGGUAGUUGGCGAUGGAACGAAACUACAAGUGAAAGCAUACUGCAACGUUGGUUGAGUUUAAUAGAUAACAAAGGAAUAAAGACUUGCCGAGGUAUCAUAUUGGAUUUAAGCGUAUGGUCAGGUCAAACACAAACACUCCCAAAUGGAUAUACAUGGGGAGAUAUAGGGAAUUACUUUGGUGCCGGUAGUAGUGCAUUAAAUUGGCGUGAAAAUCAAUUUCGUAUUAUACUUUCGCCAGGUCUUGCUAUUGGUGAUCCUGUUACUAUUGUCGAUAUUGAUCAUUUGCCACCAUCGGUGACUAUAAUUAAUGAACUCACUACGGGACCACCAGGCAUUGGAGAUCUUACUAGUUUAUAUUUAGCACCUGAUGGAACCUAUGGAUAUCUACGUGGCUCGCUAGGUAUUGAUUCAGGAAAAAAAUUUUCAAUAGGCUGUGCUGUACCAAAUCCAGCCCUAUCUAUCGCUUAUGAGUUUCGGCAGGCUGUGAAAUGGCCUAAUACGAUACCCAUCACCGUUAUUUAUCAAAAAGAAGUCAAUGCUACUAAUCGAACUACGCUCGAUAUACAUCAAUCUCCAUCAAUGAGCGAUAUUAUCUAUUGGUUCGAACAAGCUAGUAUAAAUAUGUAUGGAGAAAUACUUGUUAAAACUAUUGCCGCCAUGAAUAAUUCAAGUUUUAAUAGUGUAUUACCAGUUUAUUGUGAAACUGAGCACGGUAUUGAACAGAUAGCAGUAGCAACUUCGGAUGGUUCAGGUUUAUCACCUGAAAAUCGUAUAACAACUUGGGCUAUUGCACGUGUUUUAUAUGAUGUUCGCCAACGAGCAUCGUGGUUUUCAUUAUAUGAACGUGCAUUACCCACUAUUAAUGGAAUUCGUAUGAAAAGUGGAUAUAUCAACAAUGCCUUAUCAUACGCUGGCUACGUAAAUCAUAAAGUUUUUUCAAUUAUUACAAAUAAUUUUAAUGGAGAAACUAGUGAAAUCCGACAAAAAAUUUGGAAUGUACUUAAUACAUUAAAAUAA